CACAAACCCAUCUUCUGUUAAAGAACCGAGGCGACAAAAUAUAUUAUUGCCAGAAAAAAGGAAGAAUUGUAUUGCAAAGACGGUCUUCAAAAUUGGACAAUGAUGUUCAAAACUAUAGUAACGUUAUGCUGUCUGGGUUUAGGAAUCUCGCUGCCGUUGAAUGAAAAACUUCUCAAUAUUGAUGAUUAUCUUAUUCGGUUUGGAUAUUUCACUCCAUCCAAAUCGCCAUCAGGUGGCGUGGACGUCUCUAGCAGUGAUGCAGACAGACGACAGGCUAUCUGGGAUUUUCAGAAAUUUAGUGGACUGGAAGCUACCGGAGAAGUGGACGAGGCAACAAUUCUCAAAAUGAGACAGCCUCGUUGUGGAGUAGCAGACAAACAAACUUCAUCUCUAGACGGUCCGCAGAAUUAUUUGACAAUUGGAAAGAAAUGGCCAAAUAAAAUCAUUUCAUGGAAAGCAAAGACAUAUACAGAGAAAUUGCCGGUGUCCGAACAAAGGUCUGCUUUUAAGAAGGCGCUUCAAUACUGGUCAAAAGUUACUCCACUAAAAUUUGAAGAGACUGCAGAGGAAGCUGAUAUAAAAAUUUCGUUCGGUAGAGGAGAACAUGGGGAUGGAAUUUACAAUGCUUUCGACGGCAAAGGCGGUGUAUUGGCUCACGCCUACUACCCUACCAGCGGUGAAACCCACUUCGAUGACGACGAAUUAUGGACCUACCAGAAAGACGGGACAGAGUUGCAAACCGUUGCUGCCCACGAAUUUGGCCACUCUCUCGGCCUUGGUCAUUCAAGAGAACCAGGAGCACUGAUGGCCCCGUUUUACAAAGGGUUUGACCCAGAGAUGACUCUGCACCAAGAUGACAUUAACGGCAUCCAGUCGCUCUACGGCAAACGAGAAGCAACCACAAGGACCAGCACUUCAACUGAAGCACCUACUACAACAAUACAAACCGCUACCAGUGCUAGAUUUCCGUGUAACAUGAAAGUGGACGCCGUCACAAAUGGUCCCGAUGGAUAUGUAUACUUUUUCCGACGUAGCAGUGUAUACAAAAUGGGUCCAAAUGGGGUACUCCCUGGGUAUCCCCGUCCUAUUCGAAGUGUGUUUCCAGGAGCUCCAGCUAAAAAUGUAGGAUCAGCCUUCCACAUCAGAUCCAUCAAUCAAACAGUGAUUCUCAAAGGAAACAAGGGUUGGAGUUUUAAUGGUUUUGUGCUAAAGGAAAGGUUCAACAUAUCUGUAAAAACACAAGCCGCCGUCGCCGUCCGACGAUCCGGAAGUUACACACACCAGAUCUACUUAUUCCAGGGAGAAAAUUUCUACGAGUUGAAUUACAAAACUUUGGAAUUGGUUCCCGGCUUUCCGUUGUCCACUAAGACGUACUGGAGCGGAAUGCCACUAAACGUCGAAGCUGGUAUGCAGUUGGAGGACGGAAACUUAUUAUUAUUCAAAGGAAACAAGUAUUCCAUUUUUGAUACGAAAAAUCACAGAAUUCUUCCCGGAUACCCCAAAUCCAUUAGCCAAGACUGGCUGGGACAGUCCUGUUGAUCUAUAUCACAAAACCAAAGCAUUUCACAGGAUCUCAGUUUUUAAAAGAUUUUAUUACUUUGAAUGUGUUCACAAUUAAUAUAUUGAUUUAUAUAUUUUACAAUUGAUUUUUACAAAUAUUUUACUUUUAUAUUUUUACAAUAAAUAUUUACUAUAAUAUA